GUAAAUAUAACCUAAAAAAUUUGACAGUGACACGGACAUUUAAUGGUUUAUUAUGAUUAUUAUACCUAUUUUUAUUUACAUCCUUUAUUAAUAAAAUCUACCAAAAAACCCGUUUUCUUAUAAUUUAAUCACACGAAGAGCUAAAAAAUGUUUUCAAAAAGUAAAGAAAGUGAUGACACACCUGCGGAGUUGGAGUCUCAAUUUAUUUUACGUUUGCCUUUGGAACCAGCUAAAAUUCUUAGAGAAGCCUUACGCAAUAGCGAAAAUCUUAAAGACCGGUUUUCAAUUAAAAUUGAUGCUGAUCAGAGGCAUGGUGAAGUUCGUCUUGACCACUGGCUGUUACCCAGCAAACUUGUCGAUUUACCUACCAUAAUUGAAUCCCUAAAGACCAUAGACAACAAAAGUUUUUAUAAAACUGCCGACAUUUGUCAAAUGUUGUUGUGUAAAGAAGAGGAUGACCAAACUACUGAUGAAGAGAGUCCACAGAAAAAGAAGAAAGAUCCGAAUAAGGUAGAUAAGAAGUAUUUGUGGCCCCAUGGAAUCACUCCACCAACAAAAAAUGUUAGACGGAGAAGGUUUAGGAAGACCUUAAAGAAGAAGUAUGUUGAAGCUCCUGAGAUUGAAAAGGAGGUCAAAAGGCUGUUAAGGAUUGAUAAUGAUGCUGUAAGUGUUAAAUGGGAAGUUAUAAACGAGGAUGAUGACAACAAAGUAAAUAAAGGGACUGUAGUGAUCAAAAAAGAAACUGUAGAUCCAGAAUCGCAGCCUAAGGUGGCCGAAGAUGACAUUUUUGGUGGAGCUGUUAGUGACUCUGAAGAUGAAGAUGCUCAUUUAAAUGUUAUGGACGUGAUUGAUGAAAACAGCCAGAAUUCCGCGGAUGACAGUCAUUUGACUGAUUCAAAUUCAGUUUUGAACCACUCAGCCGACCAGAAAUUAAUAACAGAGUUUACAAGCGAAAUGUUUGAUGCAUCAUCUUCAAUGAUUCAAGACGUGGAUUAUUAUGGGCAAUCAUCAUCCAAUACUCUUACAUUUAGUGAGCAGAAUAUGACCUUUUCUGAAAAUAAUUUGAAUAAAGAAACUAUUGAGGCAAAACUGCAGGAACUGACCAUAGAAUUAAACGACAUUAAAACAAGAAGGAUUGAGCAAGAGAUGAAAAUCGAAAACAUCGAAAAUUUGGCUUUAAGGCAGCGAUUCCAAGCCAAUGUCGAGAGGCUGCUUCAGGAGCAGCUUGAAAAGGAACAUGAUAUUUAUGAGCUGCAAGAGCUGAUGAAACAAAUUGAUUAAAAGCAUGUUUUUCGAACACUUUUUAUUUAUAAUGUUAUACUCAUUUCUUUUUAUUUUUCUUUAUAUUAUUUUUGUUUUAUGCGUAAAUAUAUGAUGAUUUAAGCCAUA